CAAGGAAUAUCCUUGCGUUCCGAUGCAGAGGCAUCUUCCCACAUCGAGUCCAAACUUGCAAUGCAGCGACACGAACUGGAAAUACAGCAUGCAAGAGAGUUGGAAGAAGUGAUGCUCCUAUCGGGAGAAUUCAAACAACGAGCUCUCGGGCAGAACCAGCGCGUUGACAUUCUCAGACUCUUGAAGGGAUUGCUGAAAAGCCGAAAGGCAGAGCGAACUACGUCAGGAUCAUCAAAUCACGGUGCUCGCACGGAAGGAGAACGAGAAGCCAAGGUUGAGCUGACUGGUAUAGAUGCUGAGAAGAGCUCUACGGGAAAAAUGGACGAGAUAACAAGUUACGCUCGUCAAAAGGCUCUCGACAAUACGACCAAUACUUCUAUCAGCAGCGCCAAGACGACAAGAAGUACAAGUAGCAGCACUGCCGCACCAUCGAAUGUUCCUGCCGUCGCUGAACUGUUGGAGAUAGAAAAACGGAAGUCAGAAGAACUCCAGGGAAGACUGCAGGAGGAGAAAGCGCGCUACGAGUAUGAGAAAUCCUGGAUGUUGGAGCAAAUGGUGGCGAAGAGGCACAGGGAUCUGCUGACCAGUUUGUUUGACAAAAGCAAGAUUGCAUCUGGACAUCAUUUAUUGCUGGACAAGACAGAGAAAGUAGAAGCAGGAGAACAGUCCGGCGCAGAUCUUCUCGCUAGAAGUUCUUCUUCGACGUCCUCUUCCUCGACUGUCGCAUGGCAGCUGAAACUUACCGCAGCCGAAGCAAACGGAAACUUUGCAGACGUCGCAAUUCUGCUCUCGCAAAGAGCAUCGGUGUGGCUGCAGCGAAAUUUCCGAGGCGGUGAGACUUUCGAGGUGGUGAAAAGGAACGUGACUGGUGGGAAGGAGCAGACCGUGCGGAAACCCAUUUGGCAGAAAUACUUGGUCCGCGCGCGGCCUGCAGCGCGUUCUGGUCAGACGGCAGACGGUGCUAAUCUUUCGAAUCGAAUUAGCAAGCUUUUGCACUUCCUUCCGCCG